AUGUCAAAUUGGUCAAAAGUAUCAAUUGAAUUAGUACAAGAUCCAAAUAAUUAUAAACUAUGGUUUAAAUUAAUAGAGUCAAUAGAAGCAAAGAAUAUAAAUAAAAGUUCAAAUGAAGAAGAAAUUGAAAUUUUAAGAAUAACUUAUGAUAAAUUAUUAAUUCGAUAUCCUUACCUUUUUAAAUAUUGGAUAAAAUAUGCUGAAUGGGAAUUUAACUUGGGAAAUGCUGAAAAAGCUAAUGAAAUAUAUCAAAAAGCAUUAUUUCAAAUGAGUUAUUCAAUUGACUUAUGGAUUGAGUUUUUAAAAUUUAAAAUUUUAACAAUUAGUAAUAAUCAAAUUGAAAUUUUGAAAUUAUUUGAAAAGGCAAGAUCUUUAAUUGGAUAUCAUUAUUUCAGUCAUGAAUUUUAUCAAUUAUAUUUGGAAUUUUUGAAAAAUUACAACGAAGAAUCAAAUCAAUUUAUGGAUAAAUAUUAUAUACUCCUACGUAUUAUUAUUGAAAUUCCAUUAUACAAUUAUGAAUAUUUUUUCAAAAUUUGGUUCGAUAUUAUUAAAGCAAAGCCAAGUUUGAUAUCAGUUAACGAGAGCUUGGACUCAAAUAGUCUACGAAAAUUAUUUAUUGAUGUUUAUAUAACUACUCAGUUCAAAUCAUACGAAAUAUAUCAAUUUGAGAAAAAGAUAAAUCCACAUAAUUUUAACUUUAAAUUAAUUUCAAAUCAACAACUUCAGAAUUGGGAUGCAUAUUUUGAGAUGUUAAACUUUAAACAUUAUCCACUGGAGAUGUUGGAGAUGAAUUAUCAUAGAUAUUUAUACGUGUGUUUAGGUUAUCCCGUGGCGUGGAUAAACGUCGCAGAUUUUUAUAUUUUUAAUCACAAGUAUAAUAAUAGUAGAAGGAUAUUAAAGCUAGGAUAUAAACUAAUCGGGGAUUAUAAGAUACUUCUCAAGUUAAUAGAUUUGGAAAUUUUUUUAAAGCAAUAUCAAUCUGCAAAAUCAUUAAUUGCUGAUUUUUUGAAAUUUAAUCAAAAUGUUCCAGUUGAAAUAUAUGAAAAGUUGAUUAGUAUAGAGAGGUUAUUUAAAUUUCAUGACGAUGAUUAUUUAUUAAAUUUGGUUGAUAAUGUAAUUGAUGAAAGUAAAGAAAGUUGGUUUUUUAAUAUAUUACUAAAUUUCGAUAUCAAAAAGGAAAAGCUAGUGAAGUUUUUGGAUGACCAUAAAGAAUUGUACCAGAAUGACAAAUAUUAUAAAAAUGUUACGAAGACAUUAAAUAAUAAAAUUGAUAAGGAUUAUGAAGGUUAUGAUGUGAUUAUAAAUAAAAUUAAAAUAUGA